CCAUUGUACAAGCAUUUUUUGUGUGUGGUACUUGGUAUAAAAACUGAGAACCUCUGCUGUAGUUCAAAUAAAAAUCAAGGUUUUGGCCAGUAAGUGUGCUCAUUUGAAAACAGACUGCAAAAAAAAAAGAUGAUAAAAUUAGUAUGUAAAACUUUGUCCUGUGUAUGAAAGAUAAGCACUCGUCCCAGGUAACAUUUGCCACACCUUUAUAUACAGGCACUUGUCAUGAGUGACGUCACGCAUCACAGGCCCGCCCUCUACUGUUGGGAAAAGUUCACCAAUUUCAAUCAGGCGUGGUUUUUCAAUUCAGUGUACAUUAAUUUCUCUUUUUUUUUGUCUGUACCAGAUUCCCCCCAUCAUGUCAACUUUUAUUAUGGCACUAGCAGGAUUGUGGAACGGAGGGGAGGGGGGCCGCUGCUGUGCCCUCCUUGAACUUGUUCUUCCAGCGGCGCGCGCGCUAGCCCCCACAGCCCGUGCAGCCAUGGCGAGGAAACCCCGUUGACAAGGCACUGCUUUUUCAUGACGCCCAACCCUUUACUGGAAACAACAAGGGUGUUACAUGACUGGAUCCAUGCAGCCCGACACUAAUCAGUGUCAUGGAUGAUGAGGACGAUCGCCAUCUUCUGGAUAUUUUAGGAGAUGUGGAUGCAUUGAAUGACUAUCUACACGGCAACAACAGCAAGUCCAUUGAAGAGGACGAUGUAGCCAAUGCUGCAUAUGGCUCAGAUGCAUCUUUCUUCUCUGGGGAUGCUGCAAAUACUGGACUCAAAGAUGAUUCCUCCUCAAUGGCGGAGUUUGGAGGUGAUCCGGCUGGAGACAGCCUACAUCUUUCCAGCAGUCUCUCCUUCAUCGAGGACCAGCUGGGGUCUGGGAGCCCUCCUGGAGCCGGCGUCGACCUCGGUGAAGACCAGCCCUUUGACAUCCUCCAGAAAUCCCUGCUGGAGGCUGACAUCACGGAGCAGACGUUGGCACAGGAGGCCUUGCUGGAGACGCAGCCCGCACCCACCCUCGUCCAGGCCCCUGCGUCCCUCCCGUCCCAGAAGGUCUCUGGGGGCUACGGAGGGGGUGUGGUCACUACACCGGCUGCGACAUUACCAGCUGGACAAUUCCUUCAAGGCGUGUCCCCACUACCUAACGGUUCCACGCAGCACAUUCAGGUGUUGGGGUCGUUCGGGGCGGGAAGCGGAGUCAUGACGCUGAGUGGUCUGGAGAGAGCUCCUCAGAUUGUGCUGAGGCCAGCAGGCCCCAUCGCCGCUGCGGGCUCUCCGGCUCCAGGCGGGCAGGUGUACGCUCCUACCCAAGGGCAUCUCGGUCAAGUGGGCUUUAAGAACAUUCCCCUCCAGAACGUCAUCAUUCAGAGAGGUCCGGGAGGAACCCAGACACUUGUUAGGCCGAUCCAGCCUAAACCUCAUCAAGCUGGGGCUCAGACUGUAUUCAGUUUACAGCCCACGGUCUCCCAGUUGGCAAAUGUGACUAACAGUGCUACACCGCAGUACACCGCCAAUGGCUCCAUGGUAGUCGAUCAGCAGCAGGCACAAGCUAACAUACAAGCGGGACAGUUCUUGCUGCCCACUUCUUUGGCGGUCCACAAUGGCCCCCCUGUGGACCCUGCUGCCCCUGCUGCCCAUAUCAAUGCCCACAACGCGGUGCAGAUUGUCGCCGGGCAAAAAUUUACAGCGCAAGCGGGUGGGCAGCUCAUUUUGAAUCAGGGCCCUGCAAGUGGCGGCACGGCUCAAACGUGGAAGACCGCUGCAUCCGCCACGAGCGCACCGGGACGGCUUGCGCUGGUCAGUCAGGCGCAACCCUUGGGUAGCCCCGUGCAGCGCCUCCUGGUGACGCAAACGGCCAACUGUACGUCGUUGUCCCCCUUACCUAACGCGGCCACGCCUGCAGAAGAACACAGACAGAACGCUUCUGGCGCUGCCGUCAAACAAGUGCAGCUCAACGCACAGAAGAGGCCCGCCCCAGCGCCGCUUACCAAAGGAGGAAUGAUUUUACAGCAGCUAAGGGAACAUCACGAGCGGGUGGACAUGCCCGAUCGGCGACACUUUACAUCGUUCAGUGAUGUGCUGCAACGGCUCCUGCCCUACCAUGUGUUUCAAGGCACGCCACCCAGCCAGGAGGAGUUCUCUCAGGUGGAUGAAGAAUUUGAAUCAGUUGCAACGCACGUGUUGAUGAGGACGCAGGCCAUGAUCAAUAAGUACAGACGACUGCUUUUGGCUGAAUCGGAGCAGCAUUCCAGUCCUUCAUCAGAGAUAGUGAUGAUUGACAGGACCUUCAAUCAAGAGGAGCGCAGCUGUCUUACCCAAGACAAGCGCAUGCUGCUUGUCGAUCCAGACGCUUUCUUGGAGGAUUUCUGUUGUGGGCUGAAAUCCAAACGUUUGCAAGAUCCUGUCCCCUCUCCGCCACCGCCGCCCGCCACACACUCCGAGGAGCCGGCUUACAGAACAGACUCCCAGCCUGGCUUUGGAGACCCAGGUGGAGGUGGAGGCAGUGGUACUCCACUUCAAGCUUCAUCUGCGGCCAACAAGAACAUCCUUGAGCUGAAGCGAUCCCAGCAGCAGCAGGAGCAGCACUUGGGACAGGAAGGUAACCACUCAUCUUCUGCGGCAUCUGCAGGGGGUCACACAGACCACCAGGCAGCCUUGCCGCUACACCCGGACACAGACUCUGCUCUGGAGGCGGCCGUCAACAGCAUUCUGGAAUGUUAACAAACCAUAAGGAGGUUCGUUCUUGUUUAUUUGUCCAGUUUGUUCUGUUUUUUAUGUAGCACUGUUAUUUUAUUUUGGCAGAUACAUGGGGUCCUCAGUUUACGACUUGACUUUUCUUUCUAGAAAACCUGAAAUUGUCGGAAAGUGUAGUUGUCUAUUACCUACACUAAUCUAUUCAUAGUCAGAAUCACCGUCAAUAUUUAAAUAAAAACACAUGUAGGCCAUAAAUAUAAAAUAAUUCUCAUGAUAAACCGCAAAAUCGGCACUAACUGAGUGUGCCUUAUUGUGCUGUGUGACGGCGUUAUUACAUCACUACAAAAAGAAUACAUUUUUCACCGUGCGUAACCUCGGAAUGUCACCAUUACAAGUAUAGGAAAAGGUUUGGCUAUAAAUAUAAGUACAAUACGUAAGCGUGCCGGGUGGCGACCAAUUCUUACGCUAUUGCAAACUCAUCAUAAUCGUAACUGCGGUCAAUAUUUGUGUGAAAAACACUUUUAGGCCAUAAAUGAAAAACAAUCCAAUGAACCCCACACACGGCACUUUGUGAGCGUGCCUUAUUGUGCCGCGCGACGCUGUAUUCUUACGCUGCUAUGCAAACUCGUCCGUUACGUGCCAACCAUAACCUCGAAAUGUGAUCAUUACAGAAUGUGUGGAUGAAAACACUUUUAAGUUGUUAGAAAACAAGUGUACAACAGUUAGUACGGUAGUGACUGAGCGUGCCUUCUCGUGCCAUAAUUAUCAUAAUAACUAAUCGUGACCACUUUGUGUUAGGUGUAAAUGCCGUAUGUCAUAAAACGAGGACCCCCCCGUACUCUGAAGACAGGCACUUCUUAUAAUUACCCACAAUGCUGUGGGAAUGUGCAAUUUAGAGGCUCCACAAUUGUUUUUUGACGGCCAGUUUGCUCGCUUUGGCAACUCCGUGCCUCCUCCUCGGCUUUUAUUACGAAGGGUUUACAUGAAGAAUCCUACAUUUCUUUGAUGAAUUGCACUAAAAGCCGUUUACAUGUGACUGCACACAAGCGUCAC